AACGCGGGAAGGAGGGGCGGGGCGUCUGGUGGCGGUCGGGAACGGGGGGAGGGGGGAGGCGGCAACAUUGUUUUAAGUUGGACAAAUUGACAAGAGCCAGACAUACACUGCGUUCCAUCUUGACCCGGGCUCACCGUGCUGGGCUCCGUUUUUCCCUCCUCAGUCCCCUCAGCUUGCUUUCUGCAGGGUUCCCAGGUCCCCGCUCCAGGGCCCGGCUGCCCUGACUCGCUAGCGCUUCAUGGAGAACUUCCAAAAGGUGGAAAAGAUCGGAGAGGGCACGUACGGAGUUGUGUACAAAGCCAAAAACAAGUUGACGGGAGAGGUGGUGGCGCUUAAGAAAAUCCGCUUGGACACUGAGACUGAGGGUGUUCCCAGUACUGCCAUUCGAGAGAUCUCUCUGCUCAAGGAGCUUAACCACCCCAACAUUGUCAAGCUGCUGGAUGUCAUCCACACAGAAAAUAAACUCUACCUGGUUUUUGAAUUUCUGCAUCAAGAUCUCAAAAAGUUUAUGGAUGCCUCUGCUCUCACUGGUGUUCCUCUUCCUCUCAUCAAGAACUAUCUGUUUCAGCUGCUUCAGGGACUAGCAUUUUGCCAUUCUCACCGGGUCCUACACCGAGACCUUAAACCUCAGAAUCUGCUUAUCAACGCAGAUGGAGCCAUCAAACUAGCAGACUUUGGGCUAGCCAGAGCCUUUGGAGUCCCCGUUCGCACUUACACCCAUGAGGUGGUGACCCUGUGGUACCGAGCCCCUGAAAUCCUUCUGGGCUGCAAAUAUUACUCCACAGCUGUGGACAUCUGGAGCUUAGGCUGUAUCUUUGCUGAAAUGUACCUAGUGUGUACCCAGCACCAUGCUAAGUGCUGUGGGGAACACAGAAGAAAUGGAAGACACAGUCUCUGCCCGCUGUGCUCCUAUCUAGAAGUGGCUGCAUCACAAGGAGGGGGUAUGACUGCAGUGUCUACCCCACACCCCGUGACCCGCCGGGCACUAUUCCCUGGAGAUUCUGAGAUUGACCAACUCUUCCGGAUCUUUCGGACUCUUGGGACCCCAGAUGAGGUAGUUUGGCCAGGAGUUACUUCUAUGCCUGAUUAUAAGCCAAGUUUCCCCAAGUGGGCCCGACAAGAUUUUAGCAAAGUUGUGCCUCCCCUGGAUGAAGAUGGACGGAGCUUGUUAUCGCAAAUGCUGCACUACGACCCCAAUAAGCGAAUUUCAGCAAAAGCAGCUCUGGCUCACCCAUUCUUCCAGGAUGUGACAAAGACAGUACCUCACCUUCGACUGUGAUGUUCUUGCCUAAGCCUUCACCCUCAGCCUCUCCCACUGUGGUUCCGACCUGGCUCAGCUCUGGGUGAUUUGGAUCAGGCAGGCUCUCUGAUCAUUUCUGGGUGCCUUAACACUUGCCUUCCCUUUUUGUCCAGCCAGCUCUGGGUGCCCAGGAGUGGAAAGAAGGAACAGGUGAAAAUGAAAGGAAACUUCAGUAUUACAGGCACUUAACUUAGCUUCACCACCCUUUCCCCCUCUUUUGCUGGUGAGGGGUGGGAUUCAAAACAAAACUGACUCCUUCCCCCAAUCCCAUUAGUUAUCUCAGUCUCUGAGAGCUCUAUAAUUAUUUACUGUGUUUGGGAGGAAAGGGACCCAAGUCUUCUGCUGCCACUGUUUCUUGUAAAUACAACCUACAGUAGGAGGCUAAACUAGAAUUUUUGAGAAACAAGUCAAAAAAUAAAGGGGGGACAGGUCCUGUUGUAAAGAAUUAGUUUAAAAAUAGAUCCAGUUAGCCAAAUUUUAGUGUUUCAUCUCACCUAAAAGGCUAAGAGAUUCAAGAUUCAGCCCUGGGGAGGAAGCCCAAGAAAUGAUUGCCCCCUAGUGCCAGUGUCCCUGCUUUGGGCAAAUAGGAGUCUAGGAGGCCCAAGGGACAAGGGUUAUGCUUGGGUUGAAUCUGUUGCUUCACCAUGGCCUUAAGAGAUGGCAGGUAACAGAUGUUCCAAUUUCUUCCUUUUAAGAUUUUUAAUUCUUCAGUUGCCAGGGAUUCCUUCCCUUAUCUUCCUUUGAAAGCCACCUCACCCUAGGAGAGUGGAAGCUAAGGUUUAAACAUCAUUUUGAGAAUGAUGACACUUUAUAGAGCUGUGACACAGUAGAGGCAUUGGGGGAAAAAGAGGAACAAUUAUAUUUAUAUAUCAGGUUAGAGUCUUUGUUGUGGCUUUUU